GUGUUGCAGAGGGUGCUGUCCGCGAAGACCGAGUUCCGGGCCAAAGCGAUCUGUUACGUCGGCGGCGUGGGCUCCUUCAUCCUGUGCGUGCCAGUGCUGCUUCUGGGACUCGUCGCCAGGACUGCCCGCGUCAGAAAGAGAAAAGGUGUGGGUGCUGCGUUCCUCCAUAGCAUUGACGGCCGCCAUGUCGUCCGUCGUGGCCAUCACUGUGGACUCGGCGUACGGUCUAUGCCUCCUUGUGGGAGACAUGGUGUACGUGAUGCUGUUCCCGCAAUUGCUGGCGGCUGUGUACUUUCCUUCUCUCUGCAAUGCUUACGGGUCCCUCGCAGCCUUCGUGGUCGGGCUCACCCUCAGGUCCAUCGGGGGCGAGCCCAUACUGGGGAUUCCGGCACUGUUCCGCUACCCGCUCUUCGACGAAGAGACCCAGCUCCAGCUUUUCCCGAUCAAGACGGUGGCCAUGCUUGCCAGUCUGGCCACACUGGUCAUCGUGUCCGCUGUCUCCAGGGUGGCGCUCUUGUCGCCAAGUUACGACCUGUUGCGCCGCCAGUUCACCGGAGAAGCCCAGGUCAAGGCGGUACCCGUGGAAGAGACUGUGGACACUGAGGGGGAUGACCAAGAACGUCCCGCUAAUUGCACGAGCCGUACACUAAACUCCCCAACGGAAGCCUACAGUAGUGUGUAGGGGACCCAUUCGCGUAUUGGGAAAGCAACGUGAAGUCCAUGAAAAUAUUCCAUGUCACCAA